AUGAAUUCUUUCGUUGCUGCACCCAAGGCCGUUCUCGGCGACAAGGACGUGAACGCCGCCCUGGCUGACGGCUCAGCCAGCGCCAAGGACAUCAAGAGCAUGGAGUACCACCGUCAGGUGCUGCAGUCCAAGAUGGAUGCCGAAGGGCGAGUGAUCCUGCUUCUGCUGGCAGCAGCCAAAACUGACAACCACAGUCCCAAGCAGUACGUCUCGCCGUCCGACAACAUCAUGAGCCCCUGCACAGCCAAGCUCAAGGCCCUGCGCAACAAGCAGGUGGGCAAGGUCAAGCCGAAGUCGCUGUUCGCUCAGGCAUCGGCCCGCAAGAUACUGGACAGCGAUGCGUCGCCGUUUGGAGGGAGGGCGAGUGAUUAG